AUGAAACGGCUGUUGUCGGUAUUUAUCGAUCAUCGACUGCUGAAAAAUUUCGGUUGCCAUUCGAACUGGUGGCUGCGUACUACGGAACAUGUUCCGACCGGCUGUUGGAAGAUAAGCAACAAAAUGGAUCAUUCAGCGGCCAACCCAAACCUCGUUAAUCAGAAUUCCAUCCUCGGAACGCACCGCCGCUGGGAGCCGGUCCCGGGGAAGCGUGAUAAAGGGUCAAGGUCCAGUUCCAACGCAAAAACACCCGGAAACGGGCCGGGUGCUAGAGAUCGUAUCGAAUUUACGCUGAUGAAUUACAACAUCUUGGCACAGGAUUUGCUCGAUUCGCAUGCGCAACUGUACAGUCAGCAUGAUCCGCAGGCGUUGCCGUGGAAAGAGCGCUCGAAAAGAUUGACGGCAGAGAUCGAAACCAUCAAUCCGGAUAUUCUGUGCGUGCAGGAACUGCAGGAGAACCAUAUCGAGACAUUCUGCAGCCGGUUGAAGCAGGAUUAUGCUAUGCUGUACAAGAAGCGUACCGGUGGCGAUAAAACGGACGGCUGUGCACUGUUCUACCGGCGCGAUCUGUUCGAUUUAGUUAGCGACCAUAAGGUAGAAUUUUACCAGCCCAAUGUGAAUAAAUUGAACCGAGAAAAUGUGGCUAUUAUAGCGAAACUAGCGCUAAAAGCGAACCCACGAGCCAAGCUCGUUGUCUCCACCACGCACCUACUGUACAAUCCCAACCGACAGGACAUUCGGUUAGCGCAGAUACAGGUCCUGCUGGCCGAAUUGGACCGUUUUGCGUACAGUGGCAGGUUGCUGAACGGUUUACCGCAGUACGAUCCGAUCAUAUUAUGUGGAGAUUUUAAUCUGCAACCAUUCUCUGCACCGUACCAGCUGCUGAUCAAUGGUUUUCUGCGCUACGAUCGACUUGAACAGCGUUCCCUCAAGGCGUCUAAUCAACGGCGUGGGGAAAAGAUUGGCAAGUGUUUCCUUCCACCAGCGCUUGGAAUUACCGACAGUUGUCAGCAUAGUGCGCUCAAGGAUCGCGAGAAAGAUCACCGCGACCAGGUGCCACCUUCCCACAUGACGAAGCUUCACCACUCAAACCAUCACGCUGCGAAGCCGACCACAAACGAGGCCGAAUCGAGCAUUGCGAAUGUGCCUCCAACGGAGACCGAAGGUCGAGGCGUGUUUUCGUCCGGUUCACUUCAUCAUCGAUUUGUGCUCAACUCGGCCUACCGCCAUUUUCAGGACGAUGGGGAAGAUCAACAGAAUGCAACCACAUUUCAGAACGAAUGGAUAACGGUUGAUUAUAUGUUCUACACACCGUACCGUUCGGUGGCCGAAUGUAAUCGUAAACUGCCCAACUGGAACCUGGAGCUGCUGAAAACUUACGCCCUGCCAACGGUGCAGCAGUGCUGUUGGGAAAUUGGGUGCAUACCAAAUAAGGUGUACGGUUCGGAUCACUUUGCGCUGGCAGGUCACUUUUUGCUCACUAUUCCUAAAGAGGAACAGUGA